AUGUCAGUCAACAAAAUGCCGAGCGGGACACCAGCCCAUCAUCGCCACGCGGCUUCGAAGCCCACCGUGAGAGAGCGGCCGCAUACGCAUAAGGAAGCGCCCCCACAGGUGAUACCUAUGACCAAUGUUAUGCCAGGGGACAGUCCCUUCGUCACGUGGGACCAAUUCCAGUCCGCUAUGAGUGUGAUAAGAACUGUUAUAGGGGGGGCCGUGGACUCCGGCGCAACGACUCCCAUACUACCAGAAGACGGCAGCACUGUGCAGGCCUUUUUGCUGCGCAUCGAGCGCCGGUACACCCAGAUGGGGUUGGAACUGCGCGAGUGGGGAAAUGAACUUAUAGACCACCUUGUGGGGCUUUACCGUAUUGGAUGUAUCUAA